GAUUAGCCGUCGAGCCAGCUCUAUGAUCCACUCUAAUCAAACAAGUAGUUGAGAAGUCUAAAUGUUAUCUCAGCACGCCAUCUUGUGGCAAUAAUCGGACAGUGUUUGUUGUAAAAGUCGCAGGUUUGGCAGGAACGCAAAUCACAGGUGACAACUCCGAGUAGCACAAUAUGGCUAAACAAGCCUUCUUUAUCCGCGUUUAUUGGUUUUGCAAAUUGUUUUUUAAGGAAACCUGGUGAUAGGACAGAUUCAUUUGCACACAGUUUACGUUGAACGAAGUGUCCGAUUAACUCCACCAACGGUUCAUCGGGUUACCAGAAAUUGACUUUACCAUGUAGUUGAGUUUAGUCAGCUAAUAUUACCCACUCAUUGGUGUGCUGUCUCUGGAAAGCUUACCUACACAGCCUUUUAAAACGAGAAGUUGAAUGUCCACAAGGGACCACUAGGCUACACCUUCUGCAUUGCUCGCGUAGAAAUCGAAACCAAAAUGAAGCCGUCUCGAAAGAAAUGCUGUGAGGUGACAAUUAAACGAAUGUCAUAGAGCAACACAAGACGACACUUAAACAUCAAACGUGCGCUGCUGGAGACAACACAAUUAAACUGGCUCCUCUAAACAAAAUAAAUGGAUCAACGGCAGCAGGAAUCUUCACAGGGCAAGAGCUCCACCAUGCCACACAAAGAACGCAGUGAAGAGUCACGUGACAAGAGGCCCAGCGACGUACCUAUCAAACAUAACACUGAGGAGGAGAAACAACCUUUCAGAAGAAUGAGAAGUCCACCUAGACCCAGAAUAACUGGUUCAUUUAGACCAAGAUUUGGAGGAAGAUUCUACAGACCACGAUUCAUAAGGGACGAUCAUUCAUUCCGGAAGCCCCGCUUCAGUUUUGGGUUCCAAAGGUACCACCCUUUCACCCCUCGCCCACGGUUCAACUGGAGGGACCAGUCCGGCCCACCACCGUGCCCUAACAACCAGUACAACGACCAGAGGAACAUGGACAGGAGCGGUCCCGCCAGGGCCUCUACUCCUAAAGAACACAGCAGUGCUCUCAGGUCUUCUGCAGGCCCCAGCAGAGAGAAGGAGAAGCAGCCUGUGUCGUUCAUAGUGUCUCAAGAGAAGGAGAGAUCCCACAGCAAAGAAAGAGAGAGGGGUAGAGAGCUCCCCUCCACCAUAAGCAGGGCCACAGCACGAAACAGAGCCAUCCAACAGAAGAGGAGAGAAAUCGAGCAGGUGUACCGCCAGGACUGUGACACGUUUGGCGUGGUGGUGAAGAUGCUGAUAGCCAAGGACCCGUCUCUGGAGCGGCCCAUCCAGCCAUCUCUGAAGGAGAACCUCGGGGAGAUCGGCCUGCGCUGUGUAGAGGCCAUGCAACAGUUCAUAGAGGAGUAUGACACCAGGGAACCAUCACCACAGUGACACACACUCCCCUUUGUCUUAACCUGUGUAAGUGGUGUGCUUGUAUACCAAAACAUACACACACAGUCAUAUCUCACAAAGCUCAGAAAUGAAACUCAAUAUUGUAUACGUGCUGAUUGGAUAUGUGACAUUACCGAUGUUGAAUAACACGAGUCUAUGUCAUGACUCAUGAGCUGGCCUGUCCUAGUGUCCUUGGUCAGUCAGGCCAAAGUCACUCCUGGUGCUCAGCCUUCUGGAAGCUCUGUCUUGACCUGUGAUCGUGACUGCUACUGAAACUCAAUCAUUUAUGAUGUGUUAUCAACUUUCAAUAUUGCUCUUGACAAUGUGAUCGAAGAUAUAGCUAUUGCCCUUGUGUUUCCUACUGAAGUAUAGCUAAUGAAUUCUAAGCCCUGUGACAUAUAUAUAAAAAAAUAAAAAUACAUUACAUGAUAAUUGUACAUAAAUGAGCUAUGUUGAUAUACAAGGAUGAUUAUAUCUAAUACAGAGGAAGAAUCUAUUUACACACAACGUUUGAAUGUUUUCACUCUAAUAAAAUAAAUCUGCUCUUAAAAAUGA